GCGCGCGGCAAAUCGGGCGGGAAGCAGCGAAAAAGGAUUAGGGCGCGCGCUGUGGCGGUUCCUAGUCUCACGGUCGCGUGCCCGGGAACCGCUGUUGCGCGAGGGGAAGGCGGGACGCCCAGGUCGGUGUAGCGCCAGACGAAUGCCCCCGUCUCUACAGCCCUCAUUCGCGUCUGCUUCCCUCCCCGGUUCUCCCCUCCCGCCCAGGCUGCAGGGCGAGCUGCGCGUUGGCCCUUUAGGUCCAGAAUCGGUGACAAACCUCGGAAAUUGCCAGUAGCAGUACCCAGUCUUCACAUCCCGACUCAACCCUCCGGCUCUCACCCACAACCCCAAACUUGGGUUGAAAAGGGAAAAUGUUGUCCAUCUUUUAAGCAUAUAGCUGAACCUGGUUUAUUCAAUUUGAGAGUAUCUUUUAAGAGCUCUCAGGCCAUUUCUGAGCAAUAGAGGUUACAAGUACUCCACUGAACAACCAGUUCUAAAUCCUGUCAUCAAAUCCUAUGCUCCUGUUCCAAAUGGUAAUAGAUGCCUAAUAUUUCCUUUAUGUGAAAGAAAUGAGUGUAACUAGUAUUGCAUUGAGAGUUGAAACCUGGCUUUUAGCUACAUGGCAUGUUAAAGUGCCUUUAACAUGGCUGGAAGCUUGUAUUAACUGGAUCCAAGAAGAAAAUGAUAAUGUUAAUUUGAGUCAGGCACAAAUGAAUAAACAAGUGUUUGAGCAGUGGCUCCUUACCGAUCUGAGAGAUUUGGAGCACCGUCUUUUACCUACUGGCAUUUUAGAAGCUCCGAAAGGAGAACUGAAUGGAUUUUUCGCUCUGCAGAUUAAUUCAUUGGUUGAUGUAAGUCAGCCUGCAUAUGCCCAGAUACAAAAGUUGAGAGGAAAGAAUACAACCAAUGACCUAAUUACAGCUGAAACACAAGUAACCCCCAAACCUUGGGAAGCAAAGCCUUCACGAAUGUUGAUGCUACAGCUAACUGAUGGAAUUGUACAAAUACAAGGAAUGGAAUAUCGGUCUAUUCCAGCUCUGCAUAGUGAUCUUCCUCCAGGUACAAAAAUUUUGAUUUAUGGAAAUAUUUCUUUCCGUCUUGGUGUUCUGUUGUUGAAACCAGAAAAUGUGAAAGUGUUGGGAGGAGAAGUUGAUGCUCUUUUAGAGGAAUAUGCCCAAGAAAAAGUUCUUGCAAGAUUAAUUGGGGAACCUGAUCCUACAGUUUCAGUCAUACCAAAUAAUUCUAACCAAAGCAUCCCCAGAAUUACGGAUGUUCUAGAUCCUGCAUUGGGACCUUCUGAUGAAGAACUCUUGGCAAGUCUUGAUGAAAACGAUGAGCUUGCAGCAAAUAAUGACACCUCUUUCGAAAGAAGUUGUUUCAUAGGUAAUUCCUCAAAUACUGUUCCCAUCAGACAGUCAGAUUUUGAACCAGCACUUGUUAUUUCUCCAAGGCCAAAGGAGAAACCACGAAACCAAUCUAUGCUUUUUACUGAUGAGGAAUUAGAUGACUUUUCAUUGGAGGAGGCCUUGCUUUUAGAAGAAGCUGUCCAGAAAGAACAAAUGGAGAUCAAAGAAUUACAACUAUUGACUUUGAACAGAACUACAGAUGAAAGUAUAGAGAGGUUUUCGCAUCGAUCUAAUACUCUAAAUAGUUUUUCUCUUAUUUGCAAAAAUGGAAACAAUAAUUGGAGUGAAAAAAAUUUAUCUGAGCAAAUGACUAGUGAAGACGAAUCUCUUAGUUGUCCAUCUACUAGAGACCAAAACAGCAGUAGUCUUUCAGUUAAUCAUAAUGUACCCUUACCCCAUGAUUUUACAAAUAAAGGUAAGAGCUCAGAGACAUUUAAUAUAAAACAAAUUAGCAGUUCAGAUGGACAUUCUUUAAAUAAUACAACAUUCAAUGGAGAGCUGGUCAGUAAUGUACCAAAAAGGAGUUCAGAUGUUUCUAAUGAAAAUGAGCACCAUUUACAGACUUGUUCUUUACAAUUAUCAGAGAAUAGCACUGGACUUUCUAUCACCAUGGAUUUGUAUUCUCCACCCUUUAUCUAUUUGUCUGUUCUAAUGGCCAGCAAACCAAAGGAGGUUACAACAGUGAAAGUCAAAGCAUUUAUUGUAACCUUAACUGGAAAUCUCUCAAGUUCUGGUGGCAUUUGGAGUGUAAGAGCAAAAAUUUCUGAUGGUACUGCAUAUCUAGAUGUAGACUUUGUAGAUGAAAUACUUACUAGUCUGAUAGGGUUUUCAGUAUCAGAAAUGAAACGGUUAAAGAAGGAUCCUUGUAAAUACCAAAAGUUCCUGGAAGGUUUGCAGAAAUGUCAGAGAGAUCUAAUAGAUUUGUGCUGUCUGAUGACUAUUUCAUUUAAUCCCUCCUUGUCUAAGGCAAUGGUACUGGCAUUACAAGAUGUUAAUAUGGACCACCUUGAGAACCUAAAGAGGAGAUUAAAUAAAUAAUUUACUGAAAUAGUGUUAAAAAGCAAUUCAAAUAAGCAAGGAAAUAUUUAGAAUUAAAUUUGUCCUUUUAUUUUAACAACUUUUUGAAGUUUCAUAACUGAUUUCACUUUAAUUUUAUAUUGCUUGAUCAUGAUUGUGUGUUUCAGUUUUUUUAAUAAAGUUUUUUAUAGUAAAUGUUUGCUGAAUGAAUUUGAUGACCCACUGUUGAGAAAUUUUGUUUUCCACUUGUUAUUUCACAUAAGGUGACUGGUAAAGUAUUGUAUUGGUGUUUACUGAUGAGUCAUACUGUUGAAAGAAGGUUAACAGUUAUAAAUAGGUAGUUGAGAACUUCUAAUAUAUACCCCAAAAGAUUUGUUUGUAAUAUUUGUCUUAGAAAAAAAUGUAAAUCCAGUGGAUUAGAAUGUUAGACUUUCAGAUGUUAAUUGUUUUGCUGGUUUUUAUUUUGCUGAUUGUAAAUAUUUUGUCUGGUAUAUUUAAGGCAAUUAUCUUAACUAGAUACCAUUUCAAAGAUUGUAUUGAAUACUUUAAAACUUGAUUUUCAAGGAUAAUCUAUUAAGAAGAUCCAGUUAACUUUUUUGGGGAUUAAAAUAAGAUGUAUGUCUAUGUCUUUAGUUGUUAUCUCCUUUCUGAAUUAAUUUCACAUGUAAGUAAGCCUUUAGUUUUGUUGGAAGUGCUGAUUUCUUUUUCAGCUGAGGCUGUUUCCCACUUUCCCAUUUUGCUGUUAAAAAGUCACAUUUGAAAGGUAAAGAUUUUUAUUAUUCUUUUUUUGAAAUGUAAAUUAAAGUAUCUUGAAUUUUAAAACAUUAAAUAAUAAAAUGAACACAUGGCAUUUUUAAAGUAAUGUAAUAGAAAAUAUCUGGAAGUAAGAUAAAUACAUACAUAAAAAUAUAUGGAUAUAGCAGAAAAAUAUUCUAAAACUCUUUUGUCAUUAUUGGUUGUUAGGUUGAUUAUCAGAGUUCAAGGCACAACCCAGAUUUUGCUGCUGUGUCCUCUGAUAAUAACCACUUCUAUGUCCUUGCAUAGCUUUUUUACUACAUGGAUGGCGUUAUCUUUCAUUAUCUUUCUUCUAAGUGUUCUCCUGUACUCUGUGAGUAGUGCUUGAGAGCUGUUAUUAAAUUUUGUUUUCUCUUCAUAUUCAGUUACUGAAGACAGAGUGUAGUACUUAACUGUCUUCCUAGGUGACGCUGGUGUUUAUAGAGCCCACCUGCCAAUGCAGGAGACAUAAAAGGUGUGGGUUUGAUCCCUCGGUCAGGAAGAUCUCCUGGAGGAGGGUAUGGCAACCCACUCCAGUAUUCUUACUGGAGAAUGCCAUGAACAGAGGAGCCUGGUGGGCUACAGUCCACAUGGUUGCUAAGAGUCAAAGUUGCAGAGACAUGCCUGAAGCUUCUUAACACACACACACACAGUACCUUACCAUAUCAAUCCUUUAUUCUGUACUGGAGCUUUGUUUCUGACUCUAGUCUUCACUGGCCUGGAGUAUUCCAGUAGGCUUACUAAUUGGCCUGUGCCUUAUUUUGUCCUUAAGCCUUUAACCAUGAUUCUGCCUGAAUGAUCUUUCUGACCAUUCUUAUUUACUAAUAAACUUCUUGUUUACUACUGUUCGUUGCCCUCUGAUAUCAACCUUUUCCAGACUCUUCAUCUAGUAUGUAAGACCUUUUGCAGUCUGGUCCUUGCCUUCCUUUUCAGCCUUGCCUUGCCUCCUUAUUCUUCACCUGCCUCGUCUGCCAGUAAAUUUUAGUUGUAGUUGUUCCCCAAAUGGGGAAUAUACUUCAUACUUAUCAUACUCAAGCUCAUAGUAAUAACCCUCCCUCCCAGAUUUCCACUCAGCUUAAGCUUUAGAUGGCCAUUGAAGUGCUUCAUGAAUUUCCCUAUCCACUUUCAUGCCCUUUGUAUAUUGUAUAGACUAUAUAUU